AUGAAGAGAGUCGCCCUUCCAAGAAAACAAAAUCAAUUAUGCAAAGAGAUUGUCGACCAGAUAAAAGAAGGGUUCGUCGAGGAAAAAAAAGAAAACACAACAAAAAAAUGGGACACCGGGUCGGGGAAAAUCUGGAACGGAAAUGAAUUUCAUGGGAAAAGUCUGUUCCUACGUAUCUAUCUAUCUAUCGAUCUCAAUCUGUACAUUAUUUAUCUAUCUAAACCUGUUCAUAUCUAUAUAUCUGUGACAGUCUAUUCAUUAUCUAUAUAUCUAUCUAAACCUGUUCAUAUUUAUAUAUCUAUCGGCCACAGUCUGUUAAUUAUCUAUCUAUCUAUCUAUCUAUCUAUCUAUCUAUCUACCUACCUACCCACGUAUCUCAGUCUGUUCAUAUCUAUCUCAAUCUGUUCAUCAGUUCUCUAUCUAAACCUGUUCAUAUCUAUCAAUCUGCCACAGUCUGUUCAUUAUCUAUCUAUCUAUCUAUCUAUCUAUCUAUCUAUCUAUCUAUCUAUCUAUCUCAGUCUGUUCAUUAUCUAUCCAAUUCAUCUAUCUCGAUCUUCUGUUCAUUAUCUGUCUAUCUAUCUAUCUAUCUAUCUAUCUAUCUAUCUAUCUAAACCUGCUCAUAUAUAUCUGACACAACAUACAUACUCCGUCUGUUCAUAUCUAUCUCUGUUAAUUAUCUAUCUACCUAUCUCAGUCUGUUCAUAUCUAUCUAGCUAUCUAUCUAUCUAUCUAUCUUAUCCGUUCAUUAUCUAUCUAUCUAUCUAUCUAUCUAUCUAUCUAAAUUUGUUUAUAUCUAUGUUCAUACCAGUUUAUAAAUCAAUUCAUCUACCAAAUCUAUGUCUGUACAUGCCUAAAUCUGAAAAACAAAACAACACACGCACAUAUAGGCGCUUGAAUAUCUCAAUUUGUUAG